AUGCUAGGUUCGGGAAAGGCGGUGUCUGCUGUCGCUGCAGGCGUUGCGGGUGGUUCCAGCGGCGGGGGUGGGUUCUCUGCGGUUGCUGCUAAGGCUGUGCCGUUGGGUCGGUCCGGCUCGUAUAAACUGACGGCUCUGGCGAUCGGAGCAGGAAGCAAGGGGGGAUUGGGCUUGGGAGCCGGGGGCGGUGAGAGAGGCAAGGACGGCGGGGAGAGGGCGAGAGCAGGAGAGGAACGCGGGAAAGAAGGGGGGGCAGGAGCAGGGGGAGCAGCAAAAUCUGCAGGGGUAGCAGGAGCAGCAGGGUUUGGAGGGAGGAAAGACGGGGGAACGGAGGGCUCUGGCAAAGGGGGUGAGAGGAAGGGAGAGGAGGCGAGAAAAGGCACAGGAGGAGGAGGAGGAGGUGGGUUAGGAGGAGGCGGUGAAGGGGGCGGAGGAGCGCGCGAGAGGGAGGGCGGAGAAAGGGAGGACGGGGACAGAGAGGAGGGUGCCAGGCGUAGGUUGGGAUUGGAUAGAGCAGGAUCGUAUAAGUCAGGAGGAUUGAUGAGAAAGAAGAAGCGAGUAGCGAGGUUUUUGGAGGAGGAAGAGGAGGAUGAGGAGGAGAAGGAUCGGAGGUUCAUUGCUUCGGAUGAUGAGGAUGAGAUGGAUGUGGGUGGGAGCAGAAGCGGAGGAAGGGGAGGAGACGCGCGGUACAGAUCGUGGAAGGAAGGAGGAGAGGAAGGUGCCGGGGAAGGUUCGGAGGAAGGUGCGGAGGAGGGGUUGUACGAAGGGGAUGAGGAAGAGGAGGAGGAUGAGCAAGUGGCAGGGUGGGACAGCGUGUGUUAUAUCUGUGAUGAUGGUGGCGACUUGGUGUGCUGUGACGGCCCGUGUAUGCGCUCUUUCCAUGUAGAGCCAGAUGAUGAGGAGGAGAAGCGGAGGGACAAGUUCCACUGCCCGACCAUUGGGUUGACAGAUAGUGAGGGUGCAGCAGGUGCAUCCGCGUCUGCUAGAGCUGCUGCUGCCGCUGCUGCUGAAUCAUCCCGGUCAGCACUGGAGAAAGAACAAGCAGCAGCAGCAGGAGCAGCGGCAGGAGGAGCAGCAGGAGCGGUGGGGGAGAAGGGGAAGGGGAAGAAGAGGUCGUGGAUUGAGAGGGAGAGGGAAGAGAGGGAGGCGGCUCUGAGGGCGAUGGAUAGCAUAGGAGGCAUUCAAAGCCGCAAGGGCGGGCUCACUCACAAGGAGAUGGUGCAGAGCUGGAACAAAGGCAAGGCCCCACGGCACAUGUUCCAGUACCCCUGUGACCUGGACGCGUCCAGAGCUCGCCUGAGCAAGAUUUUCGAGGAUGCUGCAAAGCAGGUCACAGAACAGACGGCCAAGGCCGGCCUUGCCGUCCCACGCAUGUACCAGCACUGCCACAACAACGCGGGCUCCGGCUCGGGCGGCAGCAACGCGGGCGGCAACAACAACAACAACAAUAACAACCAGGGCGGCAACCCUCGGAAGAUAGCACUGAGCAAGCUCGAGUCGAUUCUCCACGCAGGGGAGAAGGCUCGGAAUUUCCUAGCCAGGGAGUUGGAGCAAGCAGGAAUGAUAUCGGCCCAAGCGCUGCAGCAGGCAAUGAAUCUCUGCCCGGAAAAGCAACUCCAUCAGCUGAACGUAAUCGGGGGUACACUGCGGGUAUACCUCUCCCCGUACGUGCACGGGCAGCGGUACACGUCGUUCGGGCGGCAUUUCACGAUGCCUGAGAAGCUUAACGAGGUGGUGGAGCGGCUGGUGCCUUAUAUGGAGGAUGGGGACGUGCUGGUGGAUUUCUGCUGCGGGGCGAACCACUUCUCGCUGAUUGCGAGGCAUCGGUUAGAAGAGGCGGGGAAGCGGUCUGCGUUUGCCAACUUUGACAUCAUGCGGCCUCCCAAUGAGUUCUGCUUCGUCAAGAGAGACUGGUUCUCUGUCAAGAGGAACCAGCUCCCUCACAGCAAUCGCCUUAUCAUGGGCCUCAACCCGCCCUUCGGCGUGCGAGGGCAACUCGCUUCGAAUUUUUCGAGCCGUGCCGCCUCCGUCUUCCGACCCAAGCUCAUCAUUCUCAUUGUCCCUCCGGAGACGCGACAGCUGGGCCCACUUGGGUAUACGCUACUGUGGAGGGACGAGAAGAUUUUUGAGAAUCGCGCGUUCUACUUGCCAGGGUCGCAUGAUAAGGACAACAAGACGAUGAACCAAUGGAAUAACAUCCCCCCGCCUUUAUACCUCUGGUGCCGCAAUGACCUCGUCCACCACUACGGUCCUUUGGCUGACCGCCUCGGGCACACAAGGGGCCUCUUCUCUUCUCCACGGCCCAUGCCUCCCUCGCUGCUCGCAGAGCUAAAAGUUGCAACCUCCAUCUCCACCUCAGGUCUCGACCCUGGUUUCAUCGCUGCUGCUGAAGCGCAAUCUCUUAUACUUCUCGGACCUAACAUCUGGGCUCGGGCUGGCUGUGGCUUGGCUGAGGGAAGAGCUUCGGGAGAUGAAAUUGGGGGUGCUGAUGAAGGUGGUGGUGUUGUUGGUGGUGGUGAUGUUGGUGGUGGUGGUGAUGAUGCUGCUGCUGGUGCUGCUGUUGGUAAUGGGGAUGGAGGGCAGCAGCUAUAUUUGGAAGAGAGGGAGAAUGAAGGAGAGGAGAUGGUUGGGCUGGAUGUCCUGGGCAUUGAUAAGGGCGGAGGAGGAGGAGAGGGAGAGCUGGAGGGUAGAAAGAUGGUGGGGACGAAACAGCUUCGGAGGGAGGAGGAGGAUGUGAAUGCGAAACGGAUUGUGAAGGUGAAGGGGGAGUAUGAUUGUAUGGGGGAUAAAGGAGUGGGUGAUAAUGGCAGCGGUGGGAUUGAUGGGGCCGGGUUGGGAGGUGAGAGGUUGGGAGGAGAGAAGAGGUUGGCGGUUGGUGGGCUGAGUCCGAGAGUGAAGAGCUGGGCAGAGCAGCAGGACCACAGGCGUGGGCGAGAAAGGGGUGGGCAUGGAGGAGAGGGUGCACGGUACGAGAGAGAGAGGGGCUGGCAGGAGGAGGGAGGGCCUGUGCGGCAGGGUGUUGAUGAGCGACCAGGCAGGCGCUAUGGUGAGGGGAGUGAUAGGGCCUGCCAUUAUGGUAGGGAUCGUGGGCGAAGCACAGAAAGAGGGGCUGAUGGUUGGCUGGAGAGGCGGGGUGAUAGAGGUGUUGAGAGGGGUGGUGAUGGGAGACAGUAUGGUGUGAGGGAGCGCGAGCAUCGGUACAUGCGUGGGAGGGAUGUGGAUGGGGGAGAGAGAAGGGAGGGGGGGUAUGAGGAGCGGGGGGGUGGGAGGAGAGGAGAGGAGGCGUGGAACGAGCGGCGCGAGAGAAAGUAUCGAGAGGCAGAGGAGAGGGGGCAGAGGGAGCGGGAAGCGGCAGAAGGAAGAGAAGCAGAAGCAGGAGAGUUUUCCAGCCCACACCCCCCCAUGUUCGUCAGCCCUCAAAACUCCCUCUCAGGCGCCAUUGGGGUCCCCAUUUCAUUCGGCCAACAACUGGAGGGUGCGCUCUCUGCUGCCAACAGUGUUCCCUUGGGCGGUCAGGGCAUGCAAGGAGGAGUGGUGUCUGCUGUUCCUCCUGGGUUCGGCCCGGACGAAGGGCAGCAAGGUGGCUUUCUUUUUCCUGGAGAAGGAGAGGGCGGCUUGAGGCAGCACGAGGGGAGGGGGCUUGAGGCAGCACGAGGUGAGUGCGAGGCAGAGGGAUUAGGCCAGCCCCUGGGGGGUGCGCUCUCUGCUGCCAACAGUGUUCCCUUGGGCGCCCCCGGCAUGCAGGUGCGAGUGGUGGCUGCUGUGCCUCCGGGGUUUGGUUCGGACGAGGGGCAGCGGGCGGGCUUCAUACUCCCUGGAGCUCUUUCUGGCGAGCACGAGCAGGGUUUACGUGCAGCUGGCGGCCCGGGGGGGGCUGCUGCUGUACUUGUUAGUAGCUCAGGGCGCAUCCUCAGAGGAGCCGAUCAGAUGGAGAGUUUCCUGCGCAACGCAGAGAGGCUCGAAGCGGGGGGAGCAGCAAUGGGGGGAGCCGAUCAAAUGGAGAGUUUCUUGCGCAAUGCGGAGAGGCUGGAGGCAGCAGGAGCAGCGGCAGGAGGAGCAGGAGGGGGACGGGGAGGAGGAGGGGGAGAAGGGGGGUUUGGGAUGGCUGGAGGUGGUUUGGGCUCUCCUACCCCACAGCUGCAGUCUGCAGCAGCAGCGGGUGCAUUGGGUGCUGGUGAUGCAGGGAGGGGGGAUUUCGGCAGCUUUCUCCGCAAUGCAGAGCGGUUGGAAGCGGUGCAUGGGGGGAGAUAUGGGGAGAUGCGCGGUGACAUGGGUGGGGGCAUGGGAGGGGCCAUGGGUGGGCUGCAAGGAGAACUGGCAGGCGGCAUGAGAAGUGCAUCCAUGGGACCCAUGGGGCCUGUGAUCCGCAUGCACGUACCGCCGUUCGACCCGCAUGCGCCCCCACCCCCUCACAUGUCUCUCCGUGGGCCCAUUCCCCCGGGCUUUGAAGAUGGACCCCCCUUUCCAGAGCCGCGUUUCGGAGGUGCACCGCCUCACAUGCAGCAGCAGCAGCUGGGAGAUCCAAUGGAGCCUCUUACUGAGGUUGCGCCGGUGACUGUGCGGAUGGUCGGCACGCAUCGUGUGAUGGUUGUUGCAGAUUCGCCCGUCCGCCCACCACCGAUGGAGCUCCCGAGGUCCAUGGAUCCCUUUUCCCCCAACAUGCCACUCGAAAUGCAAGGCGGAAGGCCUCCCUUCUUCUCCCAGCAGCAGCAACAGCAGAUGCCGCCACAGCAUUUUGGUGAAAGCGUCCAGAUUCGUGGAAUUCACGAGCGGGGGUUCCCGGGACCGCCUCACCACAUGAUGCAAGGCCCGCCGGACCUUCUUCCUCCACGUGGUGAUUCUUUUCGACCGCAAGGCCCCCGAGGAGAAUUCUUCCCUUCUCCUCAAGGGGGACCACAUGGGCCUCCCCCAUAUGGCCCUCCCCUUCAUGGGCCCCCGUUUGGCCUGCCACCAUUUCUCAAUGAUCAAGGACCUAGAGGGCCUUUCCGUGGCUUUCCCCCCAUGGACCCCCGUGGAGGAGUGGAGGACCAUCCGCGUUUUGGUGGUCGAGGCCCGUUCGAUGGUGCCGCCCGCGUGCUACACGUUGCAUUCUUCGCGGCACUGGUGGCCCUUGCCUACUCGGACGACGAUAAGGAUUAUGAGCGUUUUAACUCUCUGCUGAUUGGAGCCAACGAGGUUCCAAAGAACAACACCGAAGCUGCCAGGAAAGCUGUCGGGGACAAACGAGGGAUGGUCCACAUGAAGCUUAAGAUCUACAAGGAGGAUGGCAAGCCUACAUGGCUGGAGUAUUCGGUGAAAGCGUUGAAGCUGGAAGGCGAGAUGCCGCCAACCAAGACGCACAUACACCCAGGGAACAAGGGGCAGAACAACCCCGUGCUGCUGGACCUGCCGUGCUCGUACGAGAGGAAGAGCCGCACCGACUGGCGCUGCAAGGGCUCCCUCGGGAAGAAGGAGCACGAACGCACCAACGACCUCGUGUCAGCGCUUAAGGAUAUCUCCAAGAAUCCGAAGGGGCACUAUGGGAAUAUUCACACGAAGAACCUCAAUGUGACGAUAUAUGAGGCUUUCCUUGCCGCGUCGUUGGUCGCGAAUGCUUACGCCGCUGGUUCCAGAAAAGACGCUCCGUUUUCUACCGACGCUUUAGGUGCCACCCUGUUGGGCAAGCUCGAGAUUCCCAAGAAUGGCUCCAAAGCUGCCAGGAACGCCGUGGGCGACCCACGCGGAUCGGUUGUAAUGAGACUGGAUAUCCACAUGUGA